CUUUCUGAUCCAUCCCUCCUAUACGCUCAUAACUAUAUAAAUGAGGACCUGGAAUAGACCCAGUCAAGUCAGAAAAGGAAUACAUUGGUGUCUGAGCUUAUGGCGGGGUCCAAUGGCACAAAUGGUGAUUUGCCUUUCACUCACCAGCAAGUCUUUAAGCUUGAUAUGGAUGCUGGAACCAGCACUAAAACUGCAGUGGCUGUGUUAACAUCUCUGUUUUUCUUUUCUGUAAAUUGUAUGAUGCUCUCUGUUCUAAAAAGCAAGCGCAUGUUCUAUGAGACGCCACGCUAUAUACUGUUUGGUCACAUGCUUAUGAAUGACUCUGUGCUUUUGCUGGUCACAACUGUAAUGUACACUCUUGCACUCUGUUUUCUUCCAAUACAUAAAUCCAUAUGUACUCUGUUAGUCUUGAUUUCAUACUGUACAUUCUUUAAUGCUCCUCUGACCCUAGCACUGAUGUCUCUGGAGCGGUAUGUGGCAAUCUGCUUCCCUCUGAGACACUGCACCAUCGCCACACCUAAAAGAACUGGAAUCGCCAUUGGAAUCAUCUGGUUUCUUAGUUCUGUAAAUGUUGUGAUUGAUAUUAUUAUUGCUUUAAUUAAUAACCCAAAUUAUUUAGCAGAAAUUGCAUUUUGCACACUAGAGAAAUUGUUUAUAGGCAAAUGGCAGAUAGAUAAAUCCCAAGGGUUUGAUGUGCUUUAUUUUGUGUCUGUUGCAGUGAUCAUUAUAUUCACAUAUAUCAGCAUUAUGAUCACAGCCAGGUCUGUUUCCGCUGAUAAAGAAUCUGCUAAAAAAGCCCUCAGAACAGUGAUGUUGCACUUGAUUCAGCUGGGACUGUGUCUCACCUCUUUUCUAUAUGCCACGAUAGAGAGAACGCUAUACAUGGUGAUAGGAAGUGGUUCUCCUCUCUUCAUAAAUCUGAGAUAUUUAAAUUAUAUUAUUGUUCUUAUUCUACCACGUUGUUUGAGUCCUCUGAUCUACGGCAUGAGAGAUGAAGCCGUGUGGCCCUUGUUCAAAUAUUUUGUAUGCUAUCGUUCAAGCAAAGUAAAGCCCUCUGUUAAUGUACACUAA